AUGGCUCCAGAAAGCCAUGUGCAAGCUUUGGUGGUAAUCACGGUCUUUUCAGCCAUAAGCCUUGCCCUGUUCGCAUUGCGCAUUUUCUCCAGGUAUUUGUUGAAGAAUUGGGGAUGGGAUGAUGUGUUUGUGAUAAUUGCAGUGGUUCUAGCGAUAGGGAUGUGUGCGACCAGUUGGGGUGUAAAUACGAUUCACACCAAGCAGGGGUAUCCACCUGAAUAUUUUCCACCAGGGCGCGUCCCAUACACCAUUAAGGGCAAGCAGUACAACCUUGCAAAUCAGCUCCUCUAUUUUCCUAUUCUCACCUGCGUGAGGGCAUCUAUCUUUGCUUUCAUCCUCAGUCUGAGAGGCCUUCUCAAUGUGACAGCCUUUUCAAUCGUACGCGCUGUAAUAGUCGUUGAGAACUUUUCCAAAACCCCCAGGGAACAAAUAUACGAUACCAAAUACACAUACGCCAACAUAGAAACAAACUGUGCAAUCUGGGCCGCAGCAACCCCAGCAUUAAAAUCGCUUAUUGCACGACUAUUUCCCCGAUGGUGGGAAACACGGAGGACACCAUAUCCCACGUCCUCUAACCAGCUACCACACGCCUCAAGUCUUCAAACCUCAACCACCCCGCUCGCAGGCAGCUGGAAAGGAUCUCAAGUUGCAUCCAGCAAUGAUCCCCAGUCCCACCCACUGGACUCCCUACCUCCAUUAAGGCGCAGCGACGACAGCGAGGCAGAGCUGCGGCGCUUCGAGUACGACACGAAGGUUUCGACCUUGUUCCGCACGGGACAAAACUAUAUAUAUUCCUGA